AUGUCAACCUUCACUAAUGAUGAGACGACCACAAAACACACACCAGUGUACUUGGGUCAAUCUAAUUCGUCAAAAGUAUCCUAUCACUAUAAUCCUGAGGUCACAGAGUUUCAUUAUGGACCUCAUCAUCCCAUGAAACCCUUCAGACUCAUGUUGACUGAUCAAUUAGUGAUAAGUUAUAAGUUAUAUGAGGUGAUGGAUUUGUAUACACCUACAAGGGCUUCAGAGAAUCAAAUGCUGAGGUUCCAUGAUGAAUCUUAUAUAGAGUUUUUGAAACGUACAACGCCUCAAAUGAUGGCAAAAAUGGAUAAUAAAGUAUUACAACAAUUCAAUAUUGGUGAUGACUGUCCUAUAUUUGAUGGGAUUUAUGAUUAUAGUGCAAUUUACACAGGGGCCUCGUUAGAUGCCACGAGGAAACUUAUAUCAGGUCAAAGUGAUAUUGCGAUCAACUGGUCAGGUGGUUUACAUCAUGCUAAAAAAUUCGAACCAUCAGGGUUUUGUUACAUAAAUGAUAUUGUGCUAAGUAUAAUAGAUUUAUUAACUGUCCACCCGAGGGUAAUGUACAUAGAUAUUGACUUACAUCAUGGUGAUGGGGUACAAGAAGCAUUCUAUACUAGUGAUAGGGUAAUGACUGUUUCGUUCCAUAAAUUUAAUGGGGAAUUUUUCCCAGGAACAGGUAAUAUCGAUGAAACUGGUAUAGGAAAAGGUAAAAAUUAUGCAAUAAAUGUACCACUUAAAGAUGGGAUCGAUGAUGAGAGUUAUGUCAGAUUAUUUAAACUGAUCAUGGAACCUUUAAUAAGUAAAUUCCAACCAACAGUAAUUGUACAACAAUGUGGAGCUGAUUCUUUGGGAUUCGAUAGAUUGGGAUGUUUCAAUUUGAAUAUUAAAGCUCACGGAGAAUGUGUUAAAUAUAUCAAGAGUUUCGGAUUGCCGAUGUUAGUUCUAGGAGGUGGGGGUUAUACACCAAGGAAUGUUAGUAGAUUGUGGUGUUACGAAACAAGUAUCUGUAAUGACUUAAUGUUGGAUGACAAAAUCCCCAAUAACAUUCCAGGAUAUGAAUGGUUUUACCCUGAUUAUAACCUUCACCCACAAUUGGAAGGUAGGAUAGAUAACAAGAAUACCAAGAAGUACCUAGAAAAUCUAAAACUGGAAAUCUUAGAACAAGUUAGAUUCUUAGAUUACGCUCCUUCAGUUCAAAUGGAGAAAAUACCCGAUAUGUCAUUGAAUGAAGACGAAGAAAAAAUAAUCAAAGAACUCAAUGAAGACAACGAAACCACCAAUAUUUUUACCAAUGAUAGAUUAAUGCAACAAACCAAAGAUGAUGCCAGACUGGGUGAAUUGUUCACUUAG